UACGAUAUCGUAUCGGGUAAUGUAAAUACUAUUUAGCACUUGUCAUCGAUGACAUAAUAUAUGACAUUUGUCUAUGGUUCACGUCAUUUUGACAUUUAACUUAAUGUCAGUUUUGAUUUUGACAACUUUGACACUUGACAACUGACAUUGUCGGAUGGAAAGGGAAACGAAAAUAUUGUUUGUCCGAUGUUGUUAAAUUAUUUUAUUUUAAACAAUAGCGGUAAUAAAUGAAAAUGUGUAAAAUUAUUGAUGUUUUAUAAUUGACGUACUUAAGUAUGAACUCAUAGUGGUUUUAAUAAAGGCACCAUGUGGUAUUCCGUGCGCAAUAUAUGGAGGUUAUAUCGAAAGAAAUUCUCACCCCGUUUAAAUCAUUCUAAAGCCACAGAAAACGAUGUUCGAUUCCAAAAAAAAGAUUUCAAAGAUCUGCUACAACAACACAAGGAUAAAAUAGUUUUUAGUUCGUAUUUGGAAUAUGAGAAAUUGCAAUUGGGUUACUAUAAAUAUUAUGUGAAAACUCUCAGAAAAGCAAAAGAGACUGAAACGAAAGAGUUUCGUGAGAGAAGUUUACCACCUCUGCCUUUGUCCUUGAAAUAUUAUGUAGAGAAAGAAAGGAUUGCAGAGGAUGAAAUCGAGCAAAAGUAUGAAGAACCAGAGAAAUCCUUCCAAUUGCCAUUUGCAAACACAACUCGUAUUAACAUUCAGGAUGAAACAAUGACUCAAGAACAGCAGAGCUCUGAUGUAGAGUUCGACAAAUCUAAUGUACAGAAAUGGAUGACAAAUUAUGAGCAAUUUGAUGAUACAAAACUGGUUUCUGCUACGGAUGAGGAAAGUGAUGAUGAGGUUGUUGAAAAUGAAUGGUGCAAGCAUUACGGCACUCCAGAUGCUACAGUAGCUGUCAGCCAGGUACCCUGUGGAGGUUGUGGGGCUCUCCUGCAUUGCAACGACCCCGCCAUACCAGGCUAUCUACCAAGUGAACUGUUCAAGGGCACGGAGAUUGAGGAGCUGAAGACCAUGGAGUGUCAGCGAUGUCACUUCCUCCAGGAAUAUAAUAUUGCUUUGGAUGUCACUGUACAGCCUGAGGAAUAUGAGAAACUUCUAAAGUCAAUUAGACAUGUGAAGUCCUUGGUUUUGCUGAUGGUGGACUUGACUGACUUCCCCUGCUCUAUCUGGCCUGGGAUAGUUGACAUCAUAGGCACUAACAGACCCAUUUUUAUAGUUGCAAACAAGGUGGACCUUCUCCCAGGUGAUAGUAUUGGUUACCUCAAACGUAUCAGAGAGUCCCUUCUUACAGAAAUCAAGAAAACAAAAUUAGGUGAAGCAAAUAUCAAGUAUAUAGCAUUGAUAUCAGCUAAAACAGGUUUUGGUGUUGAGGAACUAAUCUCUGCCAUGUUCAAGCUUUGGCUGUAUAAAGGAGACGUUUUUCUAGUGGGCUGUACCAAUGUGGGGAAGAGUUCACUGUUCAAUGCUCUUCUUCAGUCAGACUACUGCAAAGUGCAUGCAGUGGAUAUUGUCAAAAGAGCCACAGUCAGCAGGUGGCCAGGAACCACACUGAACCUUUUGAAGUUUCCCAUUAACAGACCAUCUGGUUGGAAAAUUCGUCAGAGAAGUAACAGAUUAUUAUCUGAAGCUAAGUUAAUAAAGGUAGAGAAUGAGAUACGUAAUGAACAGUUAUCAGGGAAAAAAGUUGCAGCAGCCCCUUCAUUACUAGGUCACAUUGGCAGAACAUUCUCAGAACAUAUUGCUAUGGAUGACAAUUUUGCAGGAAAACAACACAAGUUGACAGUAUUAGAUGAAAAUCACGAACUUUUCAGGAAAAGCAAAUGGUUGUAUGAUACGCCGGGGGUAGUUCAUCCAGAUCAAGUUCUGUCACUUUUGAGUACAGAAGAAUUGUUGUUGACCAUUCCUAAAACGCUAAUUAGGCCUCAAACUUAUUACUUGUUCGAAGGGAUGAGUAUUCUCAUAGGUGGGUUGGCACGAAUAGAUCUUCUGGACACAGCAGAGCCCUGUCGGCUUACGAUAUUUUGUUCAGAAACCCUUCCAGUGACUGUAGUGACUACUGCAAAUGCUGAUGAUCUGUACAACACAUUUAUUGGUACAGAAUUAUUUGCAGUUCCUUUGGGGGGUUCAGAGAGACUAAGAAAUUGGCCUGGGUUGAAAAAUAAGCAGUUCAAGUUUACUGGAGAAGGUCCCAAGAUUUGCUGUGGUGAUGUAGUGUUAUCUUCAAUAGGGUGGGUGUCUAUAACAGCUAAGAAAGACAGUAUUUGUACUAUAGAGGCUUGGACUCCACAAGGGAGAGGUAUCCACAAACGACAACCUUCAGUGUUGCCAUAUUCCAUUAAUUUAAAAGGCAAGAGAAUUCAAGGCACACCAGCUUAUAUGGUUGGAAAAGUAUACACAGGUGAUGAAUCUUAGUUCUUAAGUUUGUAUUAAGUUUGCUAGUAAUUGUAUGCAUAAUAAAGUAUAGAAAGACAACAAUAGA